CUUCCAUGUCCUACAUUACAUGUGUGUUCUCCCAUCAACUCGCGAGAUCGUCAGGCUCGCGGAGCUUUGGCUUAGCACGUGUGCAAUUUUUUUCCUUUUUUUUUUAAGUGUGGCUCUCAGCUGCCGAGGGGGAUGAUGAUGAUGGCGGAGCUGAUUCAGGGACAGGCCUCGGUGGCUCAGCCUGGAACGAAAGAUGACUUUGCUGACACGAUACGCCGAGUCCGACAGAUGGCAGCCAAGAUGGGAGGAGAGCAGAUGCCCAACAUGAACAGCUCGUCUCCGGUCAUAGACCACUCUAUGUAUGGCUUUGGAGGCCAGAAACGUUCUAUGGAUAAUGGAGUGGGGAACCAUCUUGGUGCGAUGGUACAUCAAAGGGCUCUAACAACAGAAGACUUCAAAGUGCCUGAUAAAAUGGUGGGAUUCAUCAUUGGAAAAGGAGGAGAGCAGAUCUCAAGAAUUCAGCUGGAAUCGGGUUGCAAGAUCCAGAUUGCUUCAGACAGCGGAGGCAUGUUGGACCGGCCCUGCACACUGACUGGGAGCCCAGAGAACAUCGAGCAGGCCAAGAGGCUGCUGAGUGAGAUUGUGGAGCAGUGUAGAUAUGGCCCAGGCUUCCACAGCGACAUGGACGGGAACAGUUCCAUCCAGCAGAUCCUCAUCCCUGCUAACAAAGUCGGCCUGGUCAUCGGCAAGGGAGGAGAGACCAUCAAACAGCUGCAGGAGAGAACAGGAGUGCAGAUGAUAAUGAUUCAGGAUGACCCCAUGCCCACAGGAGCAGACAAGCCCCUGAGAAUUACUGGGGAUCCCCACAAAGUGCAGCAAGCCCGUGAACUUGUGGUGAAGCUCAUCCGGGACAAAGACCAGGGAGACUUCAGAGCUGGCAGGGCAGACUUUGGAUCCAAAAUGGGUGGAAGCAGUCUGGAUGUGGUUGUUCCCAGAUUUGCAGUCGGCAUCAUCAUUGGCAGGAACGGAGAGAUGAUCAAGAAGAUUCAGAAUGAUGCCGGCGUCAGAAUCCAGUUCAAACAAGAUGAUGGAGUCAGUCCUGACCGUGUUGCUCAGGUGAUGGGGCAGCCCGACCACUGCCAUCACGCAGUCCACCUCAUCAACGAGCUGGUUCAGACUGCCCAGGAGCGAGACGGAUUUGGUGGCGUUAUGGGACGUCGAGGGCGAGGCGACUGCAGCAUGGGUGCAUCUGGAGGACUGCAGGAAGUCACUUAUGCAGUGCCAGCUGAUAAGUGCGGCCUUGUGAUUGGCAAAGGUGGAGAGACCAUAAAGAACAUCAAGGAGCAGUCCCGCGCUCACGUGGAGCUGCAGAGAAACCCACCGCCCAACACCGACCCCAACGUGCGCAUCUUCUCCAUCCGAGGCACCCCCCAGCAGUUGGAAAAGGCCCGUCAGCUGAUCGACGAGAGAAUUGGGGGUCCGGGGAUGGGGGGCAACAGCAGCUUCAGUAUGAAUCCCUACAACCAAGGACCGGCCACGCCUCCUCAGCAUGGGCCUCAGACAUUCAUGACUGGAGGAUGGGGCUCAGGGAUGGGUUUUCAGAUCUGGCAACCCCAAGGCCAGCAGGACCACAGUCACAAUGGAUCCCAGACGGGCCAGAUGGACUGGGAGCAGUAUUAUAAAAAGCUAGGUCAGCAGACCCAGGCCCAGAGCACCGCUCCUGAAUACAACAAAGCCUGGGGGCAGACCGCUGGGCCUGGAUCUCAGCAGACCUCCAAUCCUGACUACAACGCCUGGAUCGACUUCUACAGACAGCCCAUGGCCUUCUUCAACCAGGGCGCUCAGCAGACACAAGCCCCGGGCCUUCAGGAUCACUAGAGAAGAUGGCCAGGUUAAAGACUUGAAUCACUGAGUGGAUGAAAACAGCCCUUUUUUUUUAACGGAGGGGUUCUAGAUUUACAACGCCUUGAAGACUUUUUUUCUUAGUGAGAAACACUAGCUGUAGAAUGACUUAUACGAUAAAGUAAUAUUUCUAAAAUCAGGAACAUUUAUUUGUUACUAAAUGCUUAUGUACACUGUUAUUUUGGAUAGACAGUAUGUGGGAUCCCUUUUUGGACUUGAGAGAGCUGUUUUGUUUUUCUAUAUUUUCCUGUUUGACUCGGAUUAUAAACGCCAAAAUGAACCCGAGAGCUGUAACAUUUCAAAAGGCAAUAUGAUCUAUUUUUUCUAGUUCUGUGGAAAUGAAACCAUGACUAUGUGCUUAGCAGUCUUGAAUACGUCCAAAUCAUUUUUGUCAUGUCAUAAAAAUGUGUGUUCAGAUGUUUUUCUUUUACAUAAUUCAUUGAAAUUAAACUGUGAUGUUUUGUUACAGGAAAUGUAUUUUUGUUACAAGGUUAAAAAAAAAAGGAUUAAUGUCAGCCAGUGGCAAUAGUUCUGAUUUAAUUCCUGUUGUGCAUUGUAUGCUGUUUUUCAUUGUCAUUUUAUUGUGCUCUGGUUUAAGAAAAAAAAAGAAAAGGUGCAAUAUCUUAUUUCACUUUUGAAACAAAGAUGAGUUCUCUAAUAUGUUGACAGAUUUUUAACUUGUAGUUUUAAGAUGAAUUUUUUUUUCCUUCUUUUUUUCAAAUGGAAAUGUCAUGGAUAAUUUAUUACAGUGAUCUGAUUAUGAUAGGAUUUAGGGGGAUGUUGCAAAUAGCUUUUUUGCCUUUACUACCUUGUAAAACUAUGUAUAUAUGCUCAUAUAUUUGACUGUUAAUUUAAGAUAUAUAUGUUUCAUAUAUAUAUAAAUACACAUAAUUUUUUUUUUUUUCCUGUGAUCGGUGUUGCAGGAAAAUUGUCCCUCUUUUUCUGUUCUGUUUUCAUACUGAAAAUGUUCAAAGAUUGUGAAUGUGUGAUUUGAAAUUUGAUGUUGCAUCUUGUUAUGAAGAAAAACAAGAAGUAGUCGUUUUUUGUGUAUACUCUGUACUCUGAACGAUUCAAGACUGCUAAGCUUCUGCGAUUCGCACCUGUGUAAUAAUUAAUGUAGUAUUUUUAUGUUUUAAGUAUUAUCGGAAACUUUGUCUUAUUUGGUACCUUCCAGUUCACCAGCGGCCCACUGAGCCCUCCUCGUGGACUCAGUGGGUCGCUGGACUCAGUCCAAUGCUAAUAACUUUUUAAUUCAUUUUUUAUUUCUUUGUGUGAUCUAAUAUGAAUGAUAUAAUUGCACCAUUAUGGCGAAUGAUUCUGGUAUUAAUGUCAUUUCUUAAUGAAAAGGGAUAUAAUUUCAAAAUGUCUAAUUAUGGUGUUUUUGUUUUUUCUUCGUGUGUACAGUUAACCAUGUAUUAAAAACAUCCAGACUACCUUUAUGUGUACUGUUAAGCUGAUUUUUCUUUGGUUCGAUAAAUAUUCUAAAAAAAAGAAUUGGGUGUCUUUUGUUGUAUUCUGCUACUGAAGUGUUGAAUCUGCUCUACUGUGUGUACUAACAGUUGAAACAUAGAGAAUAUAUCAGCCAAAUGUAUGUUUUCAUGUUUUAUAAGCAAAAUAAUCUAUAUUUUCUAUCGCAAACUGCCAGUUCUCAAAGUUAAAUAAACGUUCGGCAAG